CCAAAGACCGCAGUACUUCUGCACCGCCAUCCCCGCGCGAGAGCGGUCCCAAUGCGACCGAAGACCCCUUCUUCUCCUCCCAGCGAAAUCAGUCCACACGAGACUUUCUCGAUCCACCAGCCAAUGCCCAACAAGAAGAAGAACAAGAAGAACAAGAGCAACUUCUUCCCACUCAACAAACAACAUUCAUCUACGAAGACAUCGACCCCCCAGACGAGUACGAGUAUCUUCCGUCUCUAGACGAACCCACCCCGCUCCUCCAAGACCAUACCGAAAUGCUCUCCACUUCCCCCUCCUCCAUGAGCACCAGCACCAACAUGGCCAGUACCCUCCCCGGCUACAACGAUGUCAGCGGCGCCGUCAUCGUUGACUGGAACGGCCUCCCCCAUUUCCUAUCGCCGCAGGAAGAAGAAGAUCGAAAGAUCCAGCUUGAGCGUGCUGUCCGUGAGCGCAUGCUGGGCCAUUCCACCCGCACGGAUUUCACCUGGGAACGACCCUACCAGGGUACCGGCCUGCCGCAAUACUCGCCGACCCAAGAACGGAGAAGAAGAGCCAAGCGAGGCUCGUGGGAUUAGAUUCUUGGCGGGUUGAUACAGGCGAUGAUGAUGUUCCGUUUCC